GCAGUAGCAGUUUGUAGUGAUGCCUCGCCGCCGCCUGCUGCAGUUGCUGCCUCUUCGGCCGCGACUUCUGUGUGCCUCCCCCACUCUACACCCCCCUACUCUCAUCUCUACGCCCAAUGCUGCUCGCUUCUACCGUGUUUCGUCCUCAGACGAUUCCUCCAAAGGCCGUCGUUCCAGCAACAAUAAAUCUCUAAGUCAACUGGUGCACGCUCUGCGCACCUUCCACUCCUUGGAGCAGCACUUUGCUGUGCCCUUCAGCUUCGUAGUGCCCAGAAGUCACGACUGGCCCAAGGAGCUGCACCAGCUGCCACUGGGAGUCAAAGUACAUCGCUUUAUGCAGUCUCUGAGCAAGGGCUCAGCCUCAGCUCUGGCGACCAAGAAGCAGGGCGCCGAGCAGAUGCAGGAGCUUCGAGACAUGGGCUUCCCACUGCACUCAUGGCAGGAAUAUCAGUUUCAAGAGGUCUGUCUCCCAGCUCUCCGGACGUACCAGGAGCAGUACGGAGACCUGUUUGUGCCUCAGAAGUUCAUCGUGCCGGAAGAACAAGACGAUGACGACGCGGAGCUCUGGCCUCGAGCCACGAGACGCUACAAACUGGGACUGGCGGUGGCCAAACUCCGGAAGCAGGUGCAACAGCAGAGACAGAGAGAGCAGCAACUCAAGGACAAGAAGAAGCUGAACACGGCGGCGGCCAGUGCUGCACUGCCACCGCUGCCCAGGAACCAGGUUGACGCUCUCAAUGAGUUGGGAUUCGUGUGGAGAGUGCGCGACACCAAGUGGUACCGGUUCUUCCUGCCAGGACUACGCAAAUAUAAGGAAUUACAUGGGAACGCCGACGUUCCUCUGGCGUUUACGAUCCCGAAACAUGAGCAAGACUCGCGGUGGCCUAAGACGUUGGAGGGAUAUAUGCUGGGACGACAUGUGUACAUGGUGAGAUCGGGGAAAUACGCGACGCAAGUUCGAGACAGUAGAGAGGAACUAGAAGCGUUGGGGUUCUCGUUCCGACUGGUUGAUAAGGUCUGGAGUGAGAGUAUUUUCCCAGCGCUUGGAGUGUUUUCCGCGCAGUACGGACACUGCGAUGUGUGGCAGGACUUUGUAGUGCCGUCCGAGGACCCGUGGCCGACAGACUCGUGGGGGCUCAAGCUGGGAGAUACAGUCAAGAACAUCCGUCGAGGAGCGUACGAUUCUCAGGUGCAGGCGGCGCGUAAAGAGCUGGACGCUCUUGGCUUUGUGUGGAAUGCUCGUCAUCGUGUGGAGAAGACUGUGCGAAGUGUGGUGAUCCCAGCGCUGGCCACGUAUCGGAGACUGCACGGCAAUGACGCCCUGGUGACGACGGACUUUGUGGUACCCGAUCGCGACCCGAACUGGCCGGUUCUCACUCGAGGCUUCAGGCUUGGACAGUGGAUCACACGUGUCCGCUCCGGUCAGGUGGUGCUCUCGUCCAAGUUGCGUGCAGAGCUAGACAAGGUCGGCUUUGUGUGGCGGUCUAAUGAUCAACGCUGGAACGAGGUGCUGCUGCCAGCUUUCCGAGCGUAUGCCGAGCUGCAUGGAGGCACUUGCGCGUCGAUGAGCACCAAGUUUUCUGUGCCACCUGAGACGCCGUACCCUCGAGCAGCAUGGGGCGUGAAUCUAGGUGGCGCCUUGUGGCACAUCCGCAAUGGCGACUCGUACGUCAACUGCGAAGACAAACAGCGAGAACUGCGUGCACUUGGCAUUCUGGCAGAUGACGCCGUGGCGUAAACCUCGUGGCUACUUGAGUGUCUUGUUUAAAGAGUAGCCGUCACCAACUAGUUAUCAACUACUACUUGUAGAGAACAGCUUCACUCAUUAACUUACAAUUACUCGUCGACUGCUUUGUUGGCAGUGAACGCGUGCUGCUG